AUUUUCGACAAAUGAUCCGUAUGCUUAGGUUAUCAAGAAACUGACAAAAGUUUUUCAAACAAAAUACGAGAUGGACGAAGAGCCAAACUAUUUUGAUGAAACGUUUAAAUCAACGUUUGGCUCACUGUUGUCGAAAAAUUACUUUACCUAUAUUUUAUUCGGAUACGCAGGAUGCAUAGUGACAGUUAUUCUUGUUGUUCUAUGGAAAAUGAGAGAUUAUAAUCGUCCAGACCCAAGUCUGGAUGCGUACAUAGAUUACGAACCAAGACAGCGAGCAUCAAGGAGCAAUAGGCAAGCAGCUGAAGGUAGAGCUCCUGUGGAAAGAGCGGAGACAGUUGGGGGAGUUCGUAGAAGAAGAAGAGAUGUAAGAAGGGGCCAACAAGAAGUGGAGAGGCAUGAACAAGAAGAACAAUUUGAUGAAAGUGGAUCCGAGCCAGAGGUAGCUCUUCCUGCUCCAAGUGAGGGAAAAAUUGGAGCAAAAAAGAUGAAGAAGUUGCAGGAGAAAGAAGAGAGAAGACAGAUGCGACAAGCUAUGGAGAUGGAGAGACUGGAGAGGAGGAAAGAGCAAGCGGAAAAAGAUGAAAAACUGAGGAAACUUGAAGAACUUAAAAAAGCAGAAGAAGAGAAAAAGGCAGAAGAGGAGAGAAAGAUACAAGAAGAGAAAGAGAGGAAAGAGCACGAGGAGUAUUUAAAGUUGAAGGAAAUGUUCUCUGUGGAGGAUGAAGGGCAAGCAGAUGUUACAUCAGAGGAACAAAGUCAAAACAUGCUGCAAGAAUUUGUGCAAUAUAUUAAAGACACGAAGGUAGUUUUACUUGAAGACCUGGCAUCACAUUUUGGUCUUCGAACCCAACAAGCAAUAGACAGAGUUCAAGAUAUGCUUAAGGAUGAAAUAAUAACAGGUGUAAUUGACGACAGGGGGAAAUUUAUUUAUAUAUCUAUGGAGGAAUUAAAAUCAGUGGCCAAGUUUGUCCAGCAGAGAGGCCGAAUCUCAAUAUCUGAACUCGCCCAAGCCAGUAACACACUUGUUAAUCUAAAACCUGAAAAAACUUUAACACUCUCACAAGCGUCAUGAAUUUUUCCCUUGUUUUAUAUUUUAGAAUUAUUUUAGAUCAUUUCGGAUAAAAUAGUUCCGCAAGUACAAAUUUUAAGUGUAAGAAAUAUACCGAGAAACUGUACAAUGAUUUGGAAGUAUUUCUAAUGGGACAGUUCAAUGCAUACAAACCUGUUAAUGUUAAGAAAUAUACCCAGUCAUGUUGAUCUGUUUUCAGUUAUGGUGUUGUUUUAUUAAUCGCGUGAUGGGUGCAAUACACCAGUAGUGGUUUUUGCACACUAUAAUAAAGAAUUAUGUCUCUGGCUA